CCUCUCUGUCCUCUGUCCGAAAAGCACGACUCUGCGCCUGUUGCUUCUCCGCAAGACGAGCCGUCGUCAUCAUGAAUAUUCUAGAAUGGGCCUUUGGCAAGCGCAUGACGCCGGCCGAGCGUCUACGCAAAAACCAGCGCAUGCUCGACAAGGCGAUUCGCGAACUCGACCAAACCCGCGUCAAGCUGGAGAAACAGGAGAAGACGCUGAUACAGCAGAUCAAGACGAGCGCCAAGAACGGGCAGAUGGGGGCGUGCAAGAUCCAAGCCAAGGACCUGGUGCGCACACGGCGGUACAUUGAGAAGUUUUACGGCAUGCGUAGCCAGCUACAAAAGAUUUCCCUGCGGCUUCAGACCUAUCGAACGAACGAGCAGAUGAUGCAGGCCAUGAAGGGUGCUACGAUGGCAUUGGGCAGUAUGAACCGGUCCAUGAACCUCCCUCAACUCCAACGCAUCGCCAUGGAGUUUGAACGCGAAAACGACAUAAUGGAACAGAGACAAGAGAUGAUGGAUGACGCUGUUGACGACGCCAUGGAUGUUGGAAUUGAGGAAGAAGGUGACGAGGUUGUUGAACAAGUCUUGGAGGAGAUUGGCAUCGAUCUGAACCAAGCUCUUGGGGAGACACCAACCGCCUUGGGCAACUCUGCCGUGUCCGAGGGCAAGAUUGCGCAAGCCGUUGGGGCUGGCGGCGGCAGCGGUGACCCGGUCGACGACGACCUUCAAGCCCGACUCGACAGCCUUCGAAAGUAACUGGUUGCUGCUGCUGCUGCUGCUGCUGCUACUUUAUGACCAAUCCGCGAACGAAAUAAUGAAUGAGAAGCCUUGGAGUGGCCCCCCUGCGGAACUCACCAGACUCCGCUGAGCAUGGGAAGAAAGAGGGGCGAAUGUCUCUAAUGAGGGGUCCGGAUAAUUCGAACGACGAUGGUACCAAAUGGGAUCAUUAAGCGGAGCAUGUUAUCAUAUAUAUGUGGAAGGGGCUUAGAUGGGAGUGAGCCGUGUCACGUUUUCUCGUUGGGCGCAAGAGGUGUUGAUGGCCAUUAUGAUUUGAAGAAUACACUUGCAGAUAUAUUUACGCACGCAGAGGUUAUCUGUUUCGAUAAUUGACUAGAGAGGAGUGUCUAUUUCCGCUGU